AUGCCACCGCAACGGCGAAUCCCCCGUGACCGCUAUGGCCGCUAUGACCUCCGUUCCAAAGGGCCCGUCGACGACGAGAUUUUCCACGCUUUAGACGACUUCCUGAAAGCUGCCAGGAUCUCCAAGAGGAGACGUGUCAAAGAUUCAGAGGUGAGAACACACACGUUUAUAACGCGCAUCAAACUUCACUUCGUCCGAAACAACACGGAGAAAAGGACGGCUGAAGAGGAAGAUCCGUGGAGUAACAGUGACUCGCAUACGGUUCCAUUAUGCGACAGCGAGAUGGAAGUCGAGGAUGCGAAGCCGUUCACUAUCAAACACUACCCUUACAACCGCCGCGGUCUCAACAUGCCCGAUCGAUUGCUCGUGGUCCGGAUUGAGACACAGGCGAAAGUGCCGUUGGACGCGAUCAUCGACGCCCAGUAUAUGCCAUCGGAUGAUGAUGCCGAAUUGCAGGGCCGGGUUGAUCGAUGGCAAGACCCUGCCACCGAAGAUGCGGACCCAACCCUGAGCUGGCUGGACGUGUACGAGCAAUUAGAUCCCCAGAAACGCGCGUUCUCGCUCUUUUUCAACCACAUUCAUCAGGACUCAUAUGGUUGUUGGACGGAUGACUAUAUAUUUCAAUCCUUGCGGAUGCUGUUCGACCGCUUGUCCUCGGAUGAAGAGAUCUCCUUCCAUCACCAUUCUUAUAUACCACUCACGAAGGCUCGGCUGGGCAAGUGUGACGACGGGAUUCAUUUCCACCAUUCUAUUGUCAAACACAAGUACGACAAGACCACCGGCCGCCACUCCAUUGGCUUUCCUCUUGCGGUUUGCAUCUGCAAACCCCAAUUCGGUCAACGAGGCAUCGCCCGGUAUGAACUCACCCCCCUCCUACUCCAAGCCAACCUGGGCUACGAGUACGAUCCCCAUCGCGACCAAUACCCCGCCUACCUCCUCAGUCUGCGCGGCUGGAAUCUUCGAUUCGUCAAAGCCACCAUGUCCCGGCAGGAACUAGAACGCUUGCGCGCUACGGAAACCCUAUCAGGGUCGAUGCGCAUCCAGCGCACUCGGGCGUUCAAUAUCCGGGACCGUGCGGAGCGUAAGGAGGUCGUUCGCGCGGUGACGGGCCUGUUACGGUUCUUUGAGGAUCGUCCGGAGGCGGCGUAUCCUAUGUAUACUGACUGA